AAAAAAAAAAAUAAAACGCCAUGAUGCCGAUCGGCCUCCUGGUGCUCGCGGGCAUCCCAACAACGAUCGGGGUCUGUGAAGCCCUGAGCGCGCAGAAGAAGCAGAACGCGGCGGCAAAGGAGAAGGCCAAAUUCCACCUGACGGCCACGGUGUCACUGGAUGGUCGGGGCCCGGUCGAGUGCUGGUGCGUUCUGAGAGAUGGCAAGUUGUGGAUUGACCACCCCGGAUUUCCAAUGCCAGGGCACAAGUUCACGGGAUACUACUUCACGUAUCCGUCGGAGGAGAAACCGCUCGGGCUGGUCAGCACCAUCGCCGACGACCCGCCCAUGCUCAACUGGAUCUUCGUGGACAAGGACAGCAGGGCAGUGCGGCACGGGGGCCGGCAGGACACGUUGGGCGGGCACAAGGUCGGGCCGUGGUUCUGGAGCGAAGACGAGCAGUGGUUGACCCUGGAGGGCGACGCGCUCAGGUUUGUGGCCGUCCAGCUGGACGACAGAAAGUGGGCGGUCGCCUGGGACGGGGAUGGCUUCUUCAGCCAAGGUCGGGGCUACAAGGGCGGCAGCAGCGAAACGGAGUCGGAAACGGAGCGACCAAGCCGUCCCCGGAAGUGGAUCUCCAUCAUGCUCAGGAGGCGGCUCCAGCUGGGCAUGGAGAGCCGGUACGUCAAGGGCGCGAAUGGAUAGCGAGCGAACAUCGGUGAUCAGAGUCGAGCCAUGACGAGCGUGGUGCGCAUGUGACGUUAUUGGUGUGGGCUUGCUCAUGAAUAACAAUUCUCUUGGCUUGUUGUCGGUCUCCUCUUUUGG